AUGGGGAGAUCAAAAUAUUCCGGCCAUCUUCCCAAGCCGACCACCGCCGUCGACCUCGCCGGAAAUCCGUCGCCGCCGCUGAUCGCUGUCGAGAACCGCCCCGACCCCAGCCACACGCAACUGCGAGCACAGGCCCGCAACCGCACGCAACCCACCAGCGACCUAGUCCCGCGCGUCACGCCACGACGCGCACCUGCAAGCACCCGCGACCCGCGCCAACCGGUCCCGACCAGCUACAGUUCGCGACCUGAACCACUUGACCCGACCCGACCCGAGACUGAUCCGAACCUGCCCAACCGGCCCGAGCCCGAGAAGUUCAUUCCGGUGAUCUGUAAUGUCCUAAUCCUAGCUAUAGAUUCCGUUGCGUUAGGAUUUAUUUCGAUAAGUUCAAUACCGUGCAUGUCGUUGACGUUCCUCAUAGAACCCAACAGAUGGUCUAAAGUUCAAAGCCUCGAGCUUGUCGCGUUAGUUCAAACGGCCGGUAAAGCCCACUUUCACGGCGGCACUGGAGCAGCUCCGACGACAAUGGAGGCCUCCACAGACGAUGGAAAUGACGGCGGCAGCGAAAAGGAGAAGCCUGUCUCGGCGGUGGGGUUCGGCGAGCUCUUCCAGUUCGUGAAAGGUUUAGAUUACCUAUUAAUGGCAGUUGGCACGGCCGACGCGGUGGUCCACAGCAGCUCUCUACCCCUGUUCCUUAGGUUUUUUGUAAGAAGUUAUGAAGAGGAUUUUGAUUUGAUUGGCUGCAGAGAUAUCGUGCUGGAUGUGGACUGUAGAGUGACAAUCGACACAAAAAUGAGGGUUAAGUAUGUAGAAGCUGCCUUAAACCAAGCCAUUCAAUACUUUGACACAGAAGUUCGGACAUGCAAUGUGGUUUUUGCCAUCAACAUUAUACUAUUAUGGUCCAGGAUGCAAUUAGUGACAGGAUUUGUGGUGGGUUUUACUGCGGUUUGGCAAUUGUACUUGGUAACUCUUGUUGUGGUUCCUCUGAUAGUUGUGAUUGGCGGUGUUCACAUUGUCACGUUAUCUAAGUCCUCAAGCAAAAGACAAGCAGCUCUUUCACAAGAAAGAAAUGUUGCAUACAAUAUCCCAGAUUACAACGGUUUUGGAAUUCGUGGGAGAGUCGAGGGCACUGCAUUCCUACUCUUCAGCCUUGAAAAUUGCCCGAAAGAUUGGAUACAAAAUUGGACUUGCCAAAGGGACAAAAAGAAGGACUUGCACAUGGUCUUUAUCGACCUUGAGAAGGCUUAUGAUAGAGUACCGAGGAAUGUCAUGUGGUGGGCCUUAGAAAAGCACAAAGUCCCAUAUAAGUACAUUACCCUCUUCAAGGAUAUGUACAAGGAUGCGAUGACGUGUAUCCGAACAUUUGACGAGAGUAGGGCAGGGGUAAAUAGGAAGUUAGAGCUGUGGAAGGACACGUUAGAGUCGAAAGGCUUCAGACUUAGUAGGACGAAGACCGAGUACAUAACUUGUGCUUUCAGCAUGGCUACACAUGAUGAUGGUGACGUUAGCCUUGACGGGCAAGUGGUGGCCAAGGAGACUUUCCGGUAUUUAGGAUCGAUGCUACAAAAGGAUGGAGGCAUUGAUGCUGAUGUUAGGCAUAGAAUUGCAGCCAGUUGGUUGAAAUGGCGUCAAGCUUCAGGCGUUCUCUGUGAUAAGAGGGUGCCACAAAGGCUAAAAGGUAAGUUCUAUAGGACGGCGAUUCGCUCGGCGAUGCUAUACGGUGCUGAAUGGAUAGAAUCCGUAAUGAGGAUAUUCGAGACAGGGUCUGAGUGGCUCCAAUUGAGGAGAAAUUGGUUCAACAUCGACUUAGAUGGUUCGGACAUGUCCAACGGAGGCCUCCUGAUGCACUGGUGCGUAGGGGAGUUCUACAGCGGGUCGAUGAUUUCACUGGGGCAAUCUAAUCCGAGUAUGGCCGCGUUCAAAAAGGCACAAGUGGCAACUACUAAAAUUUACCGAGUUAUCUAUCACAAGUCGAGUGUCGAGAGAAACAACGAGCUCGAGACUCAAAUACUGAACGAUUUUUCUCUCACUGUCCCAGCUGGUAAGCCGAUAGCCCUUGUCGGCAGUAGCGGCUUGGGGAAAAGCACGAUGGUGUCCAUCAUCGAGAGAUUUUAUGAUACCACUUCAGACAUUAAAGUUGAGGUGGAUGAGGCAACAAAUUGGACUAGUUACCAAGAGCCCACAUUAUUCGCCACCACCAUAAAAGAGAACAUACUCUUGGGAAGGCCCGACUCGAGUUUGGUUGAAAUUGAAGAGGCCGCUCGAGUACGUAAUGCGCAUUCAUUCAUUGUCAACCUUUCAGAUGGCUAUGACACUCAGGAUCUAAGAUGGACGCACAAAGACCAAGGCGUCGAGGAAAUCUUCACCGACGACCGGAGGUGUGAAGAAGCCCCCCACCGCUUUCAUAUCGGGAUAGUGGCGCUCCGGGAAAUCCGCAAGUGCAAGAAAAGCACCAAAUGA